AUGAACAAAAGGAAUUUCUAUGAAAACUUCAAGAAAAUAUAUAAUCAUGUUCAAGGAGUGAAAACGGUUACAAACUUUCAGGCUACUGGGACUCUAACACCUUUGGAAUUUGUUGAGGCGGGAGAUGAAUUGGUACAGAAAAUGCCUGUAUGGGCGUGGGCAGAAGGUGAUGAAAAGAUUCAGCCCUUUCUUCCUCCCAAAAAAAAAUAUCUGGUUUACCGUGGUGCCCCUUCUUACGAACGAGCUCCUGAUAUUGAACAUGUUAAAGAUAAUGAAAUCGAGGGUGAUGACGGUUGGGUUACAACUCACGCUUCUCAUAAAUCAAGCAAUGUCGCCUCAUCAGUACCUGAAAAAGUUAUUAAUUGGGAUGAAGAAGAUGAGGAUGAAGAAAAGGAUCAAGAUCAGGCUGACGAUACGGAAGAACGACGAUGUCGGUUGUAUGAUGUUUACAUGGUUUAUGAUCAAUACUAUCAAACACCACGUAUUUUCCUUAUUGGUUAUGCUGAAGAUCAUACUACGCUUCUUACUAAAGAAGAAAUGAUGCAAGACGUUUAUGCGUCAAAUCGAGAAAAAACUGUUUCAAUUGAUCCACAUCCUUUUUUAAAAGCAGCAUGCAUCAGUAUUCACCCUUGUCGCCAUGCUGAAACUAUGAAAAGAUUGCUUCAACAUAUGAAACGCCGUUUUGAGGCCUCCCAACCAAGUGAUAAGGAAAAGGAGGAAUUCAUUUUUCCUACCCAUAUGGCUUUGUUUCUCUUUCUGAAAUUUGUUUCCUCCGUCAUUCCAAGUAUUGAGUACGACCUUUCCAUAGGCAUCGAUAUAUAG